GUAUCAUGGAGGAUCAGUAGGCAAACUGUGGCCGUCAGAGGAGAGCAGCUACCGUUCUGAUCCUCGGGAGUUUCUCAACUGUUCGCCGCCCGCUUUUUAAUCGCCACAGACGAAAUAUUUCAAAAUGGACAUGAAGAAGAGGAUUACUUUAGAGCUGCGGAACAGGAGUCCGGCGGAGAUAGCAGAGCUGGUGGUUGAUAACAGUCGCUCUGCAGACGGCGAGGUUGAAGGUCUGACAGACGAGUUCACGGAGCUCGAGUUCCUCAGUAUGGUCAACGUGGGUCUGAGCUCGCUGGCUAAACUGCCCUCACUGCCCAAACUACGCAAGCUGGAGCUCAGCGACAACAACCUGUCUGGAUCUCUGGAGACGCUGUCGGAGAAAUGUCCCAACCUGACCUACCUCAACCUGAGCGGCAACAAGAUCAAAGAGCUGAGCAACGUGGAGGCGCUGCAAAACCUGAAGAGCCUGCAGAGCCUGGACCUGUUCAACUGUGAGAUCACGUCUCUGGAGGACUACAGGGAGAGCGUGUUCGAGCUGCUGCCUCAGGUCACCUACCUGGACGGCUUCGACCAGGAGGACAACGAGGCCCCCGACUCCGAGGCCGACGACGAAGACGAGGACGGCGAGGACGGGGCGGGGCCGACGGGCGACUACGACGAGGAGGACGACGAAGAGGAGGACGAGGACGGCUCGGAGGGAGGAGAGGUGGGGCUGAGCUUUCAAGUGAACCGGGGUGAUCAGGAGGACGAUGAAGAUGAAGACGACUAUGCAGAGGAGGAGGAGGAAGAGGAUCAGGCGGGCGUUCAGGGACAGAAGAGGAAGAGGGACGUGGACGACGAAGGCGAGGACGACGACGACGACGAAGACGACUAGUCCUCCGGCCGACGGUCGUCCGCGCGUCGUCCUGUCCUGUUUCUGUCCGUCUCAGUCCACCUCCGGACCCGACCUCCGCCAGAAAACUCCAAACAGUGCAGCAGCAGCAGCGACAGGAACAGUGUGGUCUGAUGUUUGUCCUUUCUAGAAUCUCACGUCUUUAUUUUUAGAUAAUAUAUAAGAUUUUAUCAGAGCUUCACCUGCUGACGCCCGACGCUCCACACGGCUCCCUUUAAAACCUGGUCCAGAAUCAAACUCUGUCUGUCCGGUCAGUCCACCCCCUCUCCACGUCCUGAACUCUGGUCCUGAACUCUGGUCCUGAACCCUGGUCCCGUCUCACUGGAGGACUGAGGGUCGGCAGCAGAUCUACCAGUCGCAAAGCAAAACUUCCUGUUAGCUCAAAGGUGUGAAAACCAGACCUCCGGACGAUGUCAGUAACUCCUGACCAGUUUUUCGCGGUCCCGUCUCCGCGGUCGGCUCUUCCUGGUCGUAUCGGGCUGUUGGCGGUUGGAGGACUGAACGUCAGGUGUGCUUUCUCUUCGGGGACGCUCGCUGCCUCUUCUUCUUCUAACGUUAAACGUCAACACGAGCUUCGGUCCAGUUCAGACUACAGACUUCUGCCACACCUGGUCUGUCGGUCUGCGACACCUUUCUAAAACACAGUGAGGCUGGUUUACCUCCAGUUUCUGACUGAUCCACCUGUGUUACCAUAGUUACCAAAUGAUCUCGCCUACACACAGCCUAAACAUGAAGUGCACAGAUCAACAGCUGAUGAUUGAUUAGUUCUGUUUGAGGUCUGCUGUUGACCCCCCCUGGAGCCAGACUGAAACCCUCAGACCGUCUCAGUCCAGGUCUUCAGUCUGCACCAGGAUUCACUCCAGGUCAGACUAACAGGUUCAGUGUGAAGUUACCUGAGAUCUGUUCUGGGUUCAGGAGUUUCUCAUAAAUCAAAUCUGACAAACCCGAGAAAAACCACCAGAGUCCUGCCUGAGGGUCCAGACCUGCAGUCUGAAGUGAAGCAGAAACCUCACCUGUCGGUCAGGAGCUUCCUCCUCACCGGCUUCCUGCUGCACAAACAGGAAGUAUCGGCGUUCUCAGGAGAGCCAGCCGUUUCUGAGCCUUCAUCAUAUCCAUAAUACUCAUCAUCAUCGACAGUCCGCAUCGAAUCUGACCCCCCCUGCUGUUCAGGAGUCCACCAGAACUCGGUUCUUUCUGCAGCCACGUCUGGACUCUGAGUCCCCCUUCAGGACCCAAUCAGGGACGUAACGUGUUUGUGUUCAGGAUCGUCGUUCACCGUCACAUCGACCCCCCCAUCGUCCCUGAGCCGGAUGAAGAGUGAUCACAUGUCUCUGCCCGUCACACCUUAGAAACAAAGACCUGCUGUAGAGGUAACACCCCCACGUCCCAGUGUGCGUUUGAUUUAUUGUCGGGGUUUCCAGGGAAGAUUCGGGGGCGGGUGGGAGGAAGUGUUAGUUAUGACGUGGGUUUUUUUUUUUUUUAGUUGACAGCGAGCUGUUUUUUUGUUUUUUGUUUUUUGUCCCUGAGCAGCAGCUGUUUGUGUUUUUAGUUUGAUGUGAAGCGAUCUGCCCGCCCCCUCGUGAUGUUCGGACCACCGCCGUGUCUCGCUUCAGGCUCCGCCUCCUACAAACACCUGAACCUGCAGCUCUUCAGAGGAAACGGUUUACGCUCACAGACCAGAACUGGUGGUGUGUUCAGGUGCUUUUUUCAGGUUUGCUGGCAGGUAGAAAUUCAGAUCGACCUGAAAUAAAACAAAAUCCAGAAAAUUAAACUUUAAAUAUUUUAAAUCACCUUCUGGAAAAGACAAACACAGAAAUUCACCCGGUUUAAAAAGUCAGUUCACCUGCUCUACAUCCAGGCUACAAGUUCAUAUCUGGCUUGUUUUCCAUUGGUCCAAUCCCAGUGAUGGAUUCACACCUGAACACAUUCACACCUGAACACAUUCACACCUGAUUCCUCCAUAUUCUGAUCACGCUGGCUAACAUCACAUGAAUGCAGCGUCAUAACGACAGGUGUGCAGAGCAUUCUGGGAUGCUGUGGACCCGUUGACUCGUUGUCAUGGAUUCAGUCUGUAACGGAGGCGGAGCCCGAAACCGGACGCACCUGUUGCAUCUGAUUCAGGUGUGGCUGCUCUGCGUUGGAUUCUGCAGCCACGCAAGCAGCAACUUUUUACUUGUAGAUGUAAUAAACAGGACCAGACCUGACCUGACAGGAAAGACGUCAUGUGAUCAGUUAUCAAAUGAAUUAAUGAUUAGUGACGAAAACUGAUUCCAACAAACAAAAAAACCUCAAACAUUGAGAAAAGUGUUUUUCGGUUGAUUUGCGUCCUGACGAGUCGGGUUUGUCGCUCCUGAUGACUCAGCAGGUUUCUGUAAAACUAAACUGCUGUAAAGUUUGAGCUUUCCUCUCGUUUACACUCUUAAAAACGACUCUGAGUUUGACGAGGUUUUCUGUCUGCGUUCGGGUCAUGUGACAGCUGUUAGCGGCGUCGCUGAUAAUAAAACACUUUAUUGAAUUUGGGUCGAAUCGGCUUUAACGGCGAGCCGCCGCCGCCACGACGUGUUCAGGCUCCACUCUGAUGUCGCUGCCGUUUGAACGCUGGAAGCAGAAACGACAUGAAUGAAAUGAAUCCGGACUAGAACCAGUUUAACGUCUUCACAUUUAAACUUUCUGUAGCACAAAGGUCAGGACAGGUGCGUCAGGGCGUGUCUGACUGCAGGUGUGCUUUGGGCAGCAUCAGUGUCAACAGCCAGGUGUGCCUGCACCAGGUGUACGAAGGGUCUCCUGCUCAGGUGUGAACAGAUCACCUGUGGGAGGAGCUUACAGUCUGACUCUGACUUUAAACCAGAUUUGCUCGAGUCACCUGGAGAUCACACCUGACCCCGCCUCAUGUUAACGUCCAGGUGAACUCAGUAUCGUACAUUGACCUCUUUCACAAAGUGGGCGCGAGGAUGAAAUCGACAGUGACACCUGCACCGCUCUGCACGCUGCUGUGUGCCGGGCGGAGGAGGAGACCGGUUAAGAUCGGCGUUUGUGAACCUGCGGCGGCGGGGGCUGCUUGUUGUCGCUGUAGGCGGCGGCGGGUUCGAGUCCCGUCACAGAUGUCGGUGAACCUGCAGGUGUGUCUGUUUCAGGUGCUGUCAGACGGUCUAUGAGCUCCUGACAGGUGAGCAGCCUGCAGGCUCCACCUUCAGGUAGACAUCUUGUUCAGUCCUCGCGUUCGGCGAACUCGAAGCGUCCGCGCUGUCGACGAAGACCUCGUCUAUAAAAGCAUCGUGACGAAGAUGCAGCUUGAUCAAAGUGUCGUUUUUAAGAGCGUAAAGGUCAAAGGUCGCGUCUGUCAGACCUGCUGACGUCACAUUUAACUGGUUUUUAAGGCAAUAUUGUAAAUAGACUCUCAGCUCAGUUCAGGUUUGUUUUUAUCGUUUUUAAUGAAUUAAAUAAUUUUACAGAUGUUUUUGUUUUUCUGCAACGAGGUGAUAGUUGACCCCGUCUUUGACCUUUGACCCCAGCUGUUACUCUCCUUCCAUCGUCCCGUCUGUGGGGGAAAUCUGUGUAUGACUUUUUGUGUGGUGUAAUAAAAACUUUGAGGGGUUUUGAAUUAAAAGAAUAAAAAAGCAAA